AUGCUGGUGAUGGCAGGAGAGGAGGUAGCGGUAGCAGAAGAAGAGAAUAGAGGGGACGCAGAGGAGGAGGCAGGAAACGGGGAUACGAAGGAUGGAGCUGGAGCAGACGUCGUCGGCACAGAAAAGGCGGGGGGAGAUGAGGACGUAGCAAACGAAGGCACCGAAGAGACCGGGGUAGUAGAGGCGGAGGAUGGAGCAGAUGGCGAGAAAAGACUAGAGGUAGUAGAGGCGGAGGAUGGAGCAGAUGGCGGGAAAAGACUGAAGGUAGAAGCGGCGGAAGAUGGAGCAGACGUCGAGAAAAGACUGGAGGUAGAAAAGGCUGAGGAUGCGGCCGAUGAGGAGCCAAAGGUUGAGAGGCCGAAGAGAGAUGGGGAGGAACCGGCGGAGGAAGAAGCGCCUAGGGAGAAACCAGUGGCGGAAGAUGAGGCGGCGCCAGCGGCGGUGGGAGCGAAGGAGAAGGGGGAGGCGGAGGAGAGGGAGAAAGAGGAGGAAGCGGAAGAGACUGAGGGGUACUAA